UUUAGGAGUAGUAACCGUAAAACAAAAAUAAAACCCACGUGUCGUUCCCUCUAUAUCGUGUGUCAAACAUGUAAAUAGUUCUUCUAUUUUGUCUUAAUUUUAUUUUUAAGAAAAACCGAUUCUUCAACGAAUUGUGAUUUGUUCUUCCACAUUCCUCUCUUUCUCAUCCGGAUUCUCAUCUCAGAUUAGAUAAAGAAUAUGCAUAAGGGUAGAGGAGUUGAAGAUAAAUUUUUUAAAUCAAGUAGCUUUGGAGAUUUUGGUUUCCAUAGAAGUAUGAUGAUGCCUAGUCUUUUUGGAGGAAGGGAUCCAUUUGAUGAUCCUUUUUUCAGUGAUCCACUUGACAGCAUUUGGGGUCCAAAUUCUGCUUCAUCUAGAUCAAUGCAGAAGACAGACAAGGAAAAAGGAGUUGUUAUAAAAGAAUUAGGCUCUGAUGAUGAGUGCACUGAUACUUUUGAUGAGAAAAUUUCUUGGUCAACAUUGGAGCCAUCUGUUGAGCAUCCAGAUGAUGAUGAUUUUAAUGAGUGUAAAAACAGUGGUGUAACUUACAAGAAUGAUCUUCACAAGUCAGAAGAACCUGCAAAGGGUCGCAAUUUGUCUUUUCAGACUAGCAGAGUAACGUAUGGGGGUAUAGAUGGUGCUUAUUAUACUUCUACCAGAACUAGAAGGAUGGGGGCUGAUGGGGUGGUGGUGGAGGAAAGCAGAGAAGCUGACUCGUCAACAGGCCAGGCAACACAUAGAAUCUCUAGAGGAAUCCACGAUAAGGGCCAUUCAGUUUUGAGGAAGCUUGACUCAGAUGGGAAGGUUGAUACAACACAGACACUGCACAAUCUUAAUGAAGAUGAGCUUGCACGGUUUGAGGAAGCAUGGAAAGGAAAUAAUCUAGGGAAGUUACCUGAUUAUGAUGUGCAUAGGAAAAAUGAUUCUAGAGUUGGUGAGCUAAACAAAAACCAGGUUCGGUCACUUCCAUCUUUGGAUCAGGAUAGAAAAGGAAGUGGAUUUGCAUCAAAGUAUGAAACAGGGAACAAUUCUGAGGGAAGAACAAAGAAAGUUGUUAGAAUCAAUAUUGAGUGAAUGGUAUUAUGUCCAUUAUGAUAUUGUAUGUAAAAAUGUAGAAUGAAGUUGUGCUAUGGUGUGUUUUAGUUAGCAUCCGAAAAGCUCUACAUGAUCUUGUUGUACAAUUAAUAGCAUAUAUGUUUGUUUUGUGGGGAGAAUGUAAUUCUGAAUAUAAAUUGUGAUUAGACUGUUUAAGUUGUUGAGGUUCAUGGACUUAUAUUUUUAGUUGAUGAACCCAAUGAAUUUUAAUGAUGAGAUCUUUAACAGUA